AUGCCAUGCCCUUCUCCACCACUGUCCGUUCUCGUCCAGGAAGGCACGGUCUCGAAUCGAGUCUAUGCCGAAUUUCUGCGAGUCAGCGAGGCUCUAAUACCACCGCCAAAGCUCAUGGCCGAAGCGCUCGAGGACAACUAUUUCGAGCAUCUCUACCACCGCUGUGCCGUCAUAGAUCGACGUGAUCUCUCAGGCAAGAAUCCUUCGUUGCUGUUGUCUCAGGCCACUUGUCUUGCAGGAUCUCUCGUCCGUCAAGUCAGCCCCCAAUUUCUGACGACCUGCGAGCAUCUCUACCUCAAGGUAAAAACGUUGCUGGAGACGAACCACGAAAAGGAUGUCCUUACUGUUCUCAAGGCUAUCUGCCUUGCUUCCUGUUGGAACCUCAGCCCUAUGGUGUUGGUUCGCCUCGACUGCUCCUACCAUUGGGUGAGCAUCGCGGUUCGACUUUUACUUCAACUAGGCCUUCAUCGCGAAUCUACAUAUAACACCAUCAAUGGACCAGGAGUCCUUCGCCGCGUGGCCUGGUAUAUUUUUAUCCAGGACAAGUUGUACGCCGUUUGCGUCGGACUUCCGGCCAUGAUUAAACCCAGCGAGUUCAAGAUUCGACAGCUAGAGCAGGGAGACUUUGAAUUUGUCAAUGACAAAUCAGAACUCUUCAUACAAUAUGUCAACUUGAACGCCAUGAUUGGAAGCAUGGUUGAAGUUUAUCGCCGAAAGGGUGAAGAUACUGCUGCUGAGGCAGCGUACAGUAUAUUACAUUCGAUGAAGAUGUGGAUUCAUCAACUACCAGAAUACCUCCGUCUGUACCAAGACAGUGAUAGAAGACAGUAUCGGCGGAAUGUAUACGAGAUACAUAUCAACUACUUUGUCGCUGUUAUCUUGUUCUUCCAUCUAUGUGGCCACGCCUUCCGAACGACAAUUACAAACCCGACAACUCUCAUCGCCUCUUCGUGCAUCGCACGACUUUACGAAGAAAUCUACUACCGAGAAGAUAUUCGAUUCCUGCUCCCCAUGAACCAUUGGUUUAUCCUGGUAGGAUGCUUGCCCCAAAUUCACGCCCUGUCCGGAAGAUCAAACAAUGCCGACGAUGCGACUUGUGGAGAAGAGUUCAACAUUCUUCGAACCGCUCUUCAGACCAUGGGUAAUAAAUGGCCUCAAGCAAACAACUUUGUGACGGCCGUUGACAAACUGCAAAAGAAGAGGAGUGGUGCUCACCCCAGCAAGGAAUACAGACCGACGUCGCCGGAAAGACCUAAUCCUACAGCGGCCGACGACGGUAAUGACGACACAUUCCCUAAUGCAAGCGACGGAACUGUCCUCCUAAGGGGGUCAAUACGAGAUCUGUUUCCUUUCCCUGAAUCGAUGUGCCCGAGGAUGGCUAUUCUCGACUCCAUUGAUCCCAACCAUGGCACCUUGGGUUCGGCAAAUAUAGAACCACUGUCAUGGGACGAGGAUUAUCAGUUCAACUGGAUCUUUGACACCAUCAGCUCAGAUCAUCUCAGUGAUGCAUAUGACGGACUGCUGGGCCAGAGUCUUCUUGGCGGGCCAGGUCUAUCUUUCUGA